AUGGUGAUUGAACUCACUGCCCGAGAGUUAAUAUAUUCUGCGAUCCCUGAACUCCUCACCGCACCUGGCUCAACAACAACAGACACAACUCACAAAUUGGAAUUCAAGGGGACACCCGUGCGUUGGAAAUCUUUAGAGGAAGAUGUUCGUACAGUAACAGUAUCAGAUGGUGUGCAUUGGCACCACUUUCCCUCUAUUAUUGCAUAUGAACCCUCAGCACAACAUGCCGGGCCACAUCACACAUGCUGCGAACAGCUGUACUGCGGAGACGAACACAGCGUUGUUGCUCGGUUCGGCCAGAAUGUGAGCCAUGCUAUGACUGCUGUCUUUCGCACUUUGAAUUUUCCUGGUACAUUUGGAGAUUUCAAAUCAUGCGUGGUAGCCGAUCUCCUGGGCAUGGUUCCCGAUAUUGUGAACGAUUCAAGUCAGAUGGCCGUGUCUCUCCGCGAAUGCUUCCUUUUCCUCGGCUGGAUUAUCCAGGCCGGACACUACCUUUACAACAACAAGAUGUCCAAAGAUAGGUGGACAUGUUCAAUGGGUGGUAAAUUCACGGACGCGGAUCAGAUCUCCCUUGAUGACUCCUCUGAUUGCUCUGGUUCCUCUGGACAAGGGUCUUCAUCGAAAAGACCAUCUCGCGCGUCGACCCCAACUCACCAUGCUCCUUCAAAACAGCCGUCUCGCACGUCUGCUUCAACCCACCAUGCUUAUUCGCAACAUACCUCUUACACGUCGGUUCCAGCCUACCAGGCUCCAUCGACUACUCAAACCGCCCAAAGAGUGACUCGGUCCCAAUCUCGGGCACGCCAUCAGCAGGAUCUGCACGAUCCACACCGGCAGCAAUAG